UGUAGUUUAAAAAUGGCGCUACCCGGCGUCUUACUCGUGCGGCUCAGAGCGCUGAGCAAAGUCCCCAAAUGUCUGUACACGAGCCGCAGUUCGGUGUCCAACUGGAGCAGGGAAAUGCGGUGGUACGGGACGAAAGCUGGAAGCGUUGAGGAACCCGGUGCAUCGUAUUUCCGGACUAAACGAAAUAACCUCAGCCCAGAUCUCCUCAAGCAGUUUCCAGAUCCCAAAAGCCUCUUGAAUAACACCAUCUGUCGGUCACUGGGAACCAACGAUCUGUCCCAGGUCAUCCAGUACAGCUACACUGAACAUGAGGGUAUCAAGAAGGCUACUGUCACACUGUCGUGGCCCAGCAAGAUUGAAGAGGAGGGUUAUGCCCCCAAGAAAAGCGAUGCAGAACGAUUUGCGGCAGCUGCUGUUUGUCUCAGGCUCAGAGAAAUGGGUGUCAUUGGUCCGAACAAUCAGCUCCCCAGGAGGAGAGAUCGCCGGGCGAGGGGAGGGCUACGCUCAACCUUUUAUGACGACGAGGACGACAACAAGGGCACACCUUGGACAGAUGACAUCCAUGUGUCUCAAGCUAAAGCAGACCAACAAAAACAAUACUUACCCCCUGUAGAAGACACCUUGGUCGCUGAAGCGCUCUCCCUGUUUCCCCAACCUAAAUCCCUCCUAGGCAGGGUCAUCCAGGUGGCCACAUCAUCUGACAGAAUCCGGGAGCUAAUGAAGUUCAGAACAACCGGAGAGAAGGCAAAGAAGUGUGAACUCACCCUGUACUGGCCUGAGGAGAUGAUGUUCACAGCCACAGCCAGAAACAGGUUGGCAGCGGAGAAGAGAGCUGCAAGUCUUGCUUGCAUGAAACUGAAGGAGCUACAGCUGCUGGACAAAAACAACAAUCCUCUGACUCACGCCAUGUACAACCAUGAGAAAGUGAGGGAGGCUGGGGAGAGGGAGAGACGCCCCAUCCCACUGGAAAUCCCCAAAUUUCUGGAGACUCACGUGAGGGAUUAUCUCGCACAGUACCCAGUGGCACUAGAAGUACAGAAACUAUGGGAGGAUGAAGAGGCAAAAGGACAACAGUGUGUAAACCAGGCUGAUGAAGAGGAGGACUUGGUGAUGGACGCCAUCACCGGCAGACCCUACAAACCUCUGUCUCACCAGGAGGCUCAGGAACUCAACACCUACCUAAAGGAGGAAUGGGAGCGGGCAAACCCUGCACUGAGCGUGGCGCUCCCAGUCGAUGGCCACCGUGAGCGCGUGUUCUCGGCCGUGCAGUCCUCCAGGGUGGUUGUGAUUGCCGGCGAAACGGGGUGUGGCAAAACGACGCGGAUCCCCCGCUUCCUGCUGGAGGAUACCGUGAGAGGCGGGGAGGGAGCGGAGUGCAACAUCCUGGUGACCCAGCCUCGUCGGAUCAGCGCCGUGUCAGUGGCCCAACGCGUUGCUCAUGAGAUGGGUCCAGAUCUAAAACGCUCUGUGGGAUAUCAGGUGAGACUCGAGAGCCGACCCCCCGAGCACAGUGGAGGAGCAUUGCUCUUCCUCACAGUGGGCGUCCUGCUGAGGAAGCUGCAGUCGAACCCGUCCCUAAAGGGGAUCAGCCAUGUAGUGGUGGAUGAGGUCCACCAGAGGGACAUUAACGCAGACCUGCUGCUCGCCCUGCUGCGCUCCAGCCUAAAGGAGAACCCCAACCUGCGAGUGGUGCUCAUGAGUGCUACAGGGGACAACCAGAGACUGGCCGAGUACUUUGGAGGCUGUCCCAUUGUGAAGGUGCCGGGGUUCAUGCACCCAGUGACGGACAAAUACCUAGAGGAUGUGCUCGGAGAGUUGGGAUGCCGACUGCCGGUUAACCAGAGGAGGGAGGCGGCCAGGCAGGGAGGAAGAGAUGAGGUUACACCUGAUCUAGACUUAGUAUCUGAUGUGAUCGAACACAUUGACAGACAUGGAGAGCCAGGUGCGGUGCUGUGUUUCCUCCCUGGAUGGCAGGACAUCAAGGCCGUUCAGGAGAAACUCCAGGAGAAGCCUCACUUUUCCUUUGGCUCCCAGAUGAUCCUGCCACUACACUCUAGUUUAUCAGUGGCCGAACAGCAGGCUGUGUUCCAGCACCCCCAAAGGGGCCAGAGGAAGAUUGUGCUCGCUACCAAUGUUGCCGAGACCUCCAUCACAAUCGAUGACAUUGUCUAUGUGGUAGAUACAGGAACUCACAAAGAACAGAAUUACGACGCACGGACCAAGGUCUCCUGUCUGGACACAGUGUGGAUAUCCCGCUCUAAUGUCACUCAAAGAAAAGGGAGAGCGGGGCGAUGUCAGCCAGGACAGUCCUACCACCUGUUCCCACGAGAACAGCUGGAAUCCAUGACUACGUUCCCAAUCCCUGACAUCCUGCGCACCCCGCUGGAAAGUUUGGUGCUACAGGCCAAAAUCCACAGUCCUACCUCCAAGGCUGAAGAUUUCUUAUCCCAAGUGUUGGACAGUCCAGAGCAAGAAGCUGUGAGAGAAGCUGUCCAGAAUCUUCAAGACAUAGGAGUUCUGGACAAGACAGAAACCUUGACGCCUUUAGGAGAGCGCGUUGCCUGUUUGUCAUGUGACCCUCGGCUGGGCAAACUGCUGGUCCUGAGCGCCAUGUUCAGAUGUGUUCUGCCCAUGUUGUCUAUAGCUGCCAGUCUGACUAGAGACCCUUUCUACAACAGCCUGCAGAACAGAGGACUAGUCAACAGGGCCAAAGAAGCUCUGAGUGGCUCCAGCCACAGUGAUUAUUUGGUGUUCAGCAGAGCCUUGUUGGGCUGGAAGAGAGUUCAGCAGGAGGGCACCAGAGAGGACAGAGAUGAGUAUCUGGACCGUUACACCCUGUCCAGGACCGGCCUGCGAUUCAUCAACGGUCUGAUGACUCAGUUCAGUGACAACCUGCGUGAAGCUGAGCUGGUUCUUCACGCCAGCCAGUGCCAGCAUCCCACGUCUCUCUACAACGAACACAGCAAACAGGAUGAGCUGCUGAAAGCUGUUUUGCUGGCUGCACUCUAUCCCAACCUCGUUCAGGUGAAGAAAGGUGUUGUGACCAAAGGAGGACGUUUUCGGCCCAAAGGUGUGGCUUUCCGCACUCUCACUGGACCAGUGCUGCUCCACCGCUCAUCAGUGAACAGAGCGAAAGACGACUUCCCCAGUCGCUGGUUGACCUUCUUCUCCGCUGUCAAGUCCAGCGGGAGUGUUUUCAUCAGAGACUCCUCUGUGGUCCCACCACUCGCCCUGCUGCUGCUCACCGACUGUGACGUCACAGAGACGGUGAGUGGCGACAGAGUGGAAGUGUCAUUUCCUGGUCGCUCUCUGGUGCGCUUCGAGUUGACGGUUGGGACUUGGGAGCUGCUGUGGGAGCUUCGCACAUCCAUCCAGACCAUGCUCUACCGAAAUCUCAGCAAUCCCAACAACGCAGUCGCCAACUCCUCUCAAGAUGGAAAGCUCAUCUCCUUACUUGUAAAGCUACUCAACAAUACAGACUCAACCCCGUUUGCUCAGAAUUACAACAGUGACUCUGAGGUGGACUGAUGACUCUGAGCGCUGGCUCGUUUGUACGUCGGCUGCUCUGGCUGGGACAGAGGAAUGAUGCUGGAAUGAAGCGUGAGGAAUCCAUUUGUUUGGAUUUUGGAUGAGGGUUUAUUGUUCAUGUUUGGUUUAUUUGCUUUCUGAAAAGCAGAAGUUGACGUUUUACUCUAACGAGUGAAGACAGAAUUGCCGAAGGUCAUUCAAAAUAGCCUGCAUGCAAUAAAUGCCAUAUUUAUUGUAAUAAAUGUUCAUGUGAACGUGAGGGAAAUUAUUAUAUUAUUUUAUUCUUUGCUCUGAAUCACUGAACUGCUAAAAACACAACUCAAUUUUUUUUUUGUAAGUCUUAUUGGUUAAGAAAAAUCUUUCAUAAACUUUGUGUGAAAGCGUU